AACAUUUAUGCUUUCUAAAAGGAUUCUAAAUGUAUGGAUGACAACUGGAAUGUCAGUACAUCGUUACAUUGGUGUAUGUUUGCCAUUUAAAGCGUCUUCCAUUCUUCAGCCGAAUCACGUAGCUGUAUUCAUAAUCGGUCUACUUGGAUUUUCUGUCCUUUUCAAUAGCACGAGAUUUUUCGAGGUAAGAGUGGUAAAUAACUGUUAUCGUUUAAAUAUAGCUGCAUUUAUACCAGUGCUUAGCCCAUCUGAUUUACGUCUUAAUCCAACUUAUCGCUUAAUUUUUUUUGGGUGGGCAUACACCAUUCUUAUGUUUGUUGUACCCUUCAGUAUCCUCAUUACAGUUAAUUCACAGGUCUUAUUCACAAUUCGUCGAUCAAAUCGCCUUCAUCGUCGUAUAAGUAUGCCGGAUGACAGCUCGAAAAGGGCUGAGAGAAAAGAACGACAAACGUCAAUCAUGCUCAUCGCAAUCGUUGUUGUAUUCCUUUCGUGCAAUACUUUAGCAUUUGUUGUUAAUAUUCUUGAAAAUAUCGGCUAUGACGAUGCUUUCUACGCCAACCUUGUCACUUAUAAUAAUUUUUUGGUUAUGGUUAAUGCAUCGUGCAAUAUUGCAAUAUUUAUGCUAUUUUCCGAUAAAUAUCGUUUGUUGCUAAGGCAUUAUUUGGCUUGUGAUUGGACGCGCGACGCUGAAAUAAUUGUCACGACUACGAACGGAUGA